GGCAGGUUAUGAAGUGCACUCGAUUAGAAAUGUAAAGGUAUUUCGGAGACAGCUAACGGAGAGCAGAGUGGUUGAAGUCGGGAAUAUACUUCACUUGUGUUUUGACGCAGAUUAACUCAACAAACGGUUUUGACGGUGGAUUUUCAUGCGAGUUCAACGACGUUUUGGAGAAUAUCAGCUACUAUUAAGAAGGACAACGUGAUAAGAAACGGAAGGAAGGUUCUGGAAAAACUCCCGUCGCGUCUUGUUUACUUUACGUGGUUCUACGUUUAAACUGUUACUUUUGUGCCCCCAUUAUUAUAUAUUAUUUUUUUAUUUUAUUUUUUUUUAUUAUUGUUAUUGUUAUUUUUUUCUACAAGAUAUUAACGUUAUUGGUCUAUAAACGUCGGAUAUUUCUGCAUCUUUUAAUUCAGAUGUUUGAGGAUGAGUUCUUGAAAACUUUCUGGCUUCUCUAAAGUAUAUGAAUAUUUCUGUUUGUGGAUUUUUUUGGACGAAAUGCGUUUAUAAUGUCGUCCCCUGAAGUGCAAUGGCAUUAAAGGAGGCGUUUGGUUUGAGCACAACUUCAACAACUAGGUCGGCAGAGGACUGUCACACCCUAGAAAAUGUGAAAGCCUGAUUAAGGAGUUGUUCACCACAUUUGUCGUGCACCAAUAGCAAUGGAGAGGAGCAAGCGAAACUCCAUUGCGGGGUUUCCCAGGCGGACUGAUCGGCGGGAGGACCUGGAUGGAGGCGUGAUUGAAGCAGAGACAGGCCCUGCCCAACUGGACAGGUUGUGUCCUUCUUCCUACCGUGCCCUCAUCAGUGCCUUCUCCUGCCUGACGCGCCUCGACGAUUUCGUAUGCGAACGCAUCGGCUCCGGCUUCUUCUCAGAGGUCUACAAGGUGCGUCACAGAGCCUCAGACCAGGUGAUGGCUCUGAAGAUGAACAAACUGAGCAGUAACCGAGCUAACAUGCUUCGAGAAGUGCAACUUAUGAACAGACUCUCGCAUCCCAACAUCCUCAGGUUCAUGGGUGUUUGUGUGCAGGAAGGUCAGCUCCAUGCUCUCACAGAGUACAUCAACGGCGGAAACUUGGAGCAGCUGCUGGACAGCAACAAGUUCCUGAGCUGGACCACACGGGUCAAACUGGCGUCAGAUAUCGCCAUGGGUCUGGCCUACCUGCACUCCAAGGGCAUCUUUCACAGAGACCUCACCUCUAAGAACUGCCUGAUCAAAUCAGAUGAAAACAGUUACACCGGCAUUGUUGGAGAUUUCGGGCUUGCAGAAAAAAUCCCCAGUCAUGAGGUCGAUGGCGAGAAGCUGUCAGUCGUAGGUUCUCCAUUCUGGAUGGCUCCGGAAGUUCUGCGAGACGAACCGUACAACGAAAAGGCCGACGUUUUCUCCUAUGGCAUCAUCCUGUGUGAGAUCAUCGCCAGGAUCCAGGCCGACCCCGACUACCUGCCUCGCACCGAAAACUUUGGCUUGGAUUAUCACGCGUUCCAGCACAUGGUUGGUGACUGUCCUCCUGACUUCCUGCAGCUCGCCUUUAACAGCUGCAACAUGGACCCAAAACUCAGGCCUUCGUUCCCGGAUAUCGUCAAAAGGCUGGAGGACAUCCAGCGGCGUCUAAAAGCUGAAGAUGGAGAAAGGGAGAGGAUCCAUAUACAAGCCGAGAUGGAUAAAAAGAGCAUCGCUAAAGGUGAUAAGUUUCAGGGUAUAAAGCGGCUGAAUCCUCUGGGUUUACAGGACGAUAAGAUCCCACCCAAGUCUCCUCGUCCACGACGCAACAUCUGGCUCUCACGCAGCCAGUCAGAUAUCUUUUCGCGCAAACCAGGCCGCAAGGUCAACGUCCAGGACCCUUACUACAACCCCGGACCACGAGGAAUCGCCAAGGUCAACCCUUUCAGCGCUCGUGAGGACCUCAAGGGUGGUAAGAUUAAGUUCUUUGACGUGCCCAGCAAGUCGGUGUUCUCACUAAUGUUUGACUUGCACUCGCCACGAGGCAGCAUGAGUUCGUACCAGCCUCAGAGCAAUGCCGGCAGCUCGUGGCCUGAACUGUGGCUGCUGCCAGGACGACAGUGCCACUCCCUGCCCGUGUCUCCACAGCAGGCGCUGUGUGAAGCCUUCAGUGCAGCCAGAAGUGAGGGCGGAGACAUUCGGCCGAAAGCGCUCAGUGGCUGGGCGAAGAAAUACGCCGUGCCCGAGAUCCCACCAUACAGACCCAGAGAGACUUCCAAAACAAGGGCGGAGUUGGAUGAGAGCUCGGCUGAGACAGAGGAAGCCAUGGACUGCUCGAGUAGCAGAGGCAGCGCCGAUGAUGACAAUGACAAGGAGCGAUACCAGCUGCCCAACGGAAACGGAGAGGACAUGGAAGCCGAAGAUGAAGAGAAAGCAUCCAGCUUGUUCUCCCUGACCGGCAGGAACCCGCUCCCUCUGAGCACUCCGGCCGAACCCCAGGAACUGUGCUCCAUUGUUCUCGCUCCCUGCCGCGCAUCUGCGUCACCUGACCUACUGUCCCGGUGCGACAUCUGAGAAGACGCACAUCAUCGCGUUAUUUAACACUUAACACAGCAGGCGUUUUGAACCAGAUCGUUAACUGAAAAUAAUAAACAGCGCUCACACAGACGGAGAUCAAAUGAAUGUAUUUUUACGAGCACUAUGUUUAUCUUAAUCUGACAAAACACUUUCUGUGACUCGAAAUCGAUAUUUUUGGGAAUCGUAAAAGAUACAAAUAGCAGAAUUGUGAUUUUGUGUUUUUUUUUCAGGUAUUUAAACAUUAUUACAGCUAUUCACAUAAUUUUGCACUGUAUGCAUCUCUCUUAAUUAGCACACCUGAUCGCUGGAAGAGAUAAACAUUCCGUAUGCGCAGUUCACCUGGGUUCAAACGAGUGUUACUCCUGCACAGAUAAAACGCUUACCCUAAUAAACAGCGUCCAUGUCUGUAACUACUUAAAAAUGUGUAUCUUGCACUUGAAUCGAGGAACUCAAUGGGUUAAUAAUCUUUUAAUGUUGUUUUGUUGGAUACGUCACUACAUUUCUAUGCAAUAAGUCUAACCGAAGCAGACUAGUUUUAUAGUAAUAUAGAGAGAAGCUCUAUUUUGAUAUUUAUAAGGAAGAAAAAAAAAGUUUUACUAUGUCUUACUUUCCCUGCUGGUCAACUGUGUAAAGCUUAUUAUUAAUACACUUCGAUGAGCACAAACAUUAAAAAAAAAAAAAAAAAAGUGUCUUGGCGUCUCGACGUGUUUCGUCCUGGCUGUUUUACUCAUCGUACAGGUUUGUAACUGAUGUUCAGAGAUGUAUAAUUUCUACCAAAGACAGAUCAGGACCUUCUUUAUUUUGUUUAUGGCUUAAAGUUGUUUUUUUUUGUUGUUGUUUUUUUUAAGGGUCAAGUGCAUGUAUGUAUAUUCAGUUGUUUAAAAAGAAUAAUAAAUGAUUUGCUUUUGUGUCGUUUAAACCUGAGGCAAUUAUUCCGGA